AUUCACAAGGACCUUUGCAGUGACGUCAUCAACUAGCGACAAAAUACACGUAGGUUCCGAAAGCGGCAUCUCAAUAACUGAGGCGAUCUUUUAAUUUUAUCGGCAGUCAAACAAUGCCUAAAGUGAAAAGGAGUAGAAAACCACCACCAGAUGGUUGGGAGCUGAUAGAGCCAACGCUUGACGAAUUGGAUCAGAAAAUGCGUGAAGCUGAAACAGAGCCUCAUGAGGGCAAACGUAAAGUGGAGUCUCUAUGGUCAAUCUUCAGACUCCAUCACCAACGCAGCCGUUACAUUUUCGACCUGUUCUACAAAAGAAAGGCCAUCAGUCGAGAGCUUUACGAGUAUUGCAUCAAAGAAGGAUAUGCAGACAAGAAUCUCAUCGCCAAAUGGAAGAAACAGGGCUAUGAAAAUCUGUGCUGUCUGCGUUGCAUUCAGACGCGUGACACAAAUUUUGGAACAAACUGCAUAUGCAGAGUGCCCAAGAGCAAGCUUGAAGUGGGUCGUAUCAUUGAAUGCACUCACUGUGGAUGCAGAGGAUGCUCUGGAUAAGUCAGGAAGGAAACAACUUUUGCAUUCUAUUGGAACAUUAGGGCUUUGUACUUUUAAAUAUCCUUAAUGGAUUGUGAUUACCUUGUCAGAUGUGUGGUGAAACCAUAUUGUGUAUUAAUUAUUGUUUGUGUAUCUUUGAUUUUUAUUGUUUUUUAUUAAAGUUCUGUAUCUUGAU